AUGUUUAGGGCUUUCACUUUAUCUGAGAUAUUCUCGCGUGAAACUUUUACACAUGAUGAAUUAAAGCAACAAUACGAUGAAGUCAAGGAUGAAUACAAUGAUACAAAUACGAAUUACAAAGAAUAUCUAAAAAAGUUAGAAAGGCUAGAAAAAUUGAAAAUAUUGCUUGCGGGAAAUAACUAUCAGAAUGCUGACAGAGCUGAUUUAACAACGGAGAUGGACGUAUUAAAAUCAAAUGAAACGUGGUUCAAAUCUAGGGUGGAUAAACUUGAACAACGCAAGAAUAAACUUGAUAACCGAAUUAGUAAUCUUUAUCUAGACAUACAGAAUAGAUUAACACGUAAUGAAUCAAAGCAACGAUACAAUGAA